CAGGCAAGGAAACCUUGAUUUAACCCUGCAGUACUUUCCCCCUUUGCUUGUACAUCUCUCUAGCAGUCCUCGCUCUACUGGAGGGACUGGGCUUCACAUCCAGUAAAGGGAUCAAAAAUGCUUAAAAACUGAUCGAGAGAGAUAGCUUCUUUGUAGAAAUUCUACAUUCUAAGAGGAAAAAGCUUCAGAAUGCUUUGAAACGAAGAAUUAAGUUUCCAGCCAAAUUAAGUUGGCAUUUUUGUAGGGAAAAGGUGCAACACUGGUAAAUAUUUACUGCAGGAUUCUCAGCCAGGAGGAACUCUGGCAUGUUCUUCAAGGAGUAAAUGUUUUACAUGCAAGGCGAGAGCUGCGUGUGCCUCUGUGUUCUUUCCCAGAGACUUCUGCAGAUAAGUCUUAAGAUGACUGGCUGAGACAAAAUGCCCCAGUGAUUCCCGAGCCCCAGUCAGGUUGUUGGUACCAUGUCGACAACACAGAGGAAAGACGGCAGCCAGUUCUCCGGUGUGUGUCCCGGUCAGCUGAAGGUGCAGGAGGACCAGCAACAGCAAGACAAAUAUGUCAUUGCUCAACCAAUAUUUGUUUUUGAAAAAGGAGAAUAUCCUUUUAAGAGACCUGCAGAAGACAGCCUGGAUGAAACAGCAGAACAUGGAUUCCGUGGUUUCUCCAGAAAGCGUGUGCGGUCUUCCUCUGUCACGCUUCAUACCACAGAUUCUCAGUCUCAAGGAGUGCCAUCCUCGUCUCAGACACGCCUGAGGUCCUCUUCAUUCACUGAUGUCCCAACCUUUCCUCCCUCUGGGCCAGUGAAGAAAAACAAUGUUUUUAUGACAUCACAUCUGCUGCAAGGGAAUGAUGGCAUGAACAAUGCAGAGCAAGGUUCCCCUAUGAGACUUUCAGAACAAGUUUUGAGACCUGCUGUUCUGAAACCACCUCAAGCUCAAAGCUGCGAAAAAGUAGGCCCAGCGUUUUGGCCCAGCACAUCGAAAUCUUGCAUAAUUAAGGAAAAUACCAAGCAUGAGAUUUCUGAAGCAAAGGCUAGUACACUAAGUGAAAAUUUACCGAACGCCAGAGGUUCGGUCCGGCUGUCUACUGAUCUGCACGUCUCACAGGCAACAUCAGGAUGCCGACCAAUGGAAGAUAAGUGUUCUUUUAAAAGCUGCAGUUCUGACUUUGUUUUUGGAGAAAACAUGGUAGAAAGAGUUAUGGGCACUCAAAAGCUCACCCAGCCUCCACUUCAAAAUCUCUCAUAUGCCAAGGAAAAAACAUUCAGAUCUGUGCUGAAAUUUCCUAACACUGCUUCAAAUUCAAACUCUAUUAAAAACAUAUCCCUAAUUGAAUCAGCAGCUGCUUUUUCUUCCAAGCCAUCACAACAAUGCUUGCUUGAGAAAAUUGAUGUCAUAACAGGAGAAGAAACAGAACAUAAUGUGUUGAAGAUCAACUGCAAGAUCUUCGUACUCAACAAAACAACACACUCCUGGACUGAAAGAGGCAGGGGGAUUCUGAGACUGAAUGACACAGCAAGCAGUGACUGCGGGACACUACAGUCAAGACUAAUCAUGCGAAACCAAGGCAAUUUGAGGCUGGUCCUCAACAGCAGGCUCUGGGCUCAGAUGAGGAUUCAAAGAGCAAGUCGAAAAAAUUUGAGAAUAACUGCAACGGAUUUAGAAGCUGAUGGUAUAAAAGUAUUUUUAAUUCAGGCUGGUGCCAAAGACAUAGGUUAUUUAUAUGCAGCAAUACAUCACCGCCUUAUUGCCCUUCGAAGUCUCAGCAAGCAGGGUGAUGGUGGUCCAGCUGAAAGCCAGUCAGAUGCAGGCCUCCAGCAGUUCAGCUGUGAGAGCUGUGAUGAGGAUGAGGAUGAGUUCCUACAAGUCACUAAAAAUGGAUCAGACCCUUCAAGGUGGAGCCACAGACAGUCCGUUGUCUGCUCAUAAGUACUCUUCUACAGCAGACAGGACUGCUAGAGGAAGAGUGCUCACGCUACUGAAAGGCCUGACCAUCCACUGAGAAGACUCUAUUCAGACCUCAACGAGGUUUUGUUUUUAUUUUUAAAUUAAAGAAACACAAUUUCUUGUAAUUAAAAGUUUUAUGUUUUACAUUUUGAUUAUCGUGUGCAAAAUUUAAGAAAUGAACUUCAGAAGAUAAAAAAAUCAUAGUUUUGUGGAUUAAUCUAGAAUAGGAUUUGAUAACUAAUUUGGACUACUCAUCACAUUGAUGAAUAUAGUAAUUAAAAGUAAAACUGUUGGCUUUCAUAAAUAUCUAAACAAAGUAUUUUAAUCAUAUGUUGUCUGGCUAUAGAAAAAAUAUUUUACUAAAUUUACAGUUGUAUCUUUAAAAUACUAUAACUGUGAGGCAUUUUAUUAAAUUAUGUUUAUCUUCUGAGAAAUGUAUAUUUCACUUACACUUUGAAUUUUCUAAUACAUAUUUUCAAGUAAGAAUUCUUUUACAAAAGUGCCCAUUUGUGGACUUGUAUCCAUUGCAUCUUAUGUAUUUGAUUCAGUCAGCUCACAAGAGAUGUUGAAUAAUUGAACAAAAUGUAAUAUAGUACCUAUGUGUCAAAAAUAUCCAAAAGCCAAAUAUCAGUGUGCUUUAUUUAUGUGAUUGUCAUUAGCAGUUUGUUAGGUGUGGCAUGCAGAAGCUCUUUUAUAACAAUGUAUCAUAUAUAGCCAGAUGAGUAUCUCAGAUCCCCUCAGUAUGGUAUAGUAACUUCAACAAUUUUUAGCAGAUGUUUUUAUGCUUUUUUUUUUUGGUAUUACUUUAUGACUCACAUAUGAAAAUCAGUCUCAGUUCUUAGGGCCAUAUUUUAUUUUAUUAGUAGCUGCAAACAAUCUUAUUACAGGAAAGAUUCAAGAUCCUAAAUGGCUUUUGAACAUGUUCUGAACCCUGAUAUACUUGUAAUAAAGUUGUAACGUUACAAACUGC